AAAAGGCUUAUUGUGCAACAGUCUACAUACGCACUCAGUAUGAUAGUAAAAUAACUUCACAUCUUUUGGAAGCCAAUGCCAAAGUUGCACCUUUGAAGACACUAAGCCUACCACGGCUUGAACUAAAUGGUGCUCUUCUGUUAGCAAAAUUAAUUUCGAUAGUUCAAACCCAUCUAAAAUUAAACGAUCACAAAAUGUAUCUCUGGUCAGACUCAGAAAUAGUUCUAGCAUGGUUGGAAAAACCACCCUAUACUUGGAAGACCUAUGUAUCGAAUCGCAUAUCACAAAUCUUAGACUUAGUUCUUCUUUACUGGCGUAGACACCGCUUACGCGAUUAUAGCCGAAUAUCAAAAGGGGGGUCUCUCAUCCGAGGCUGUGUUUGCUUUUUCAUUGGGGGUGUUUUUUUACGUGGCGGGUUCCAAACCCAGCGCACAACCCUAUGCAGGGAAUGUUUCGCCUUCUCACGUUAGCUCGCCUUCAAACGGAUGUUCUUAGGCUACCCAGAGGAUACUUGGUCAAAGACCGGAAGUCGUGAGCUGCUUGAGUCAUAUGUAAAAGAAUCGUUUCUGGCCACUCCCAAGUGAAUGGCGAUCAGAGAACUUUCCUCACUUGCGUGAACUUCUACACAUGACUCCAUCCUCCGAGUUGGCUCAGCAAAAUGGCAACAUGUUGCAAGUGCAGAUAACCCAGCGGAUCUUGGGACAAGAGGUUGCAAGCCACUUCACCUCACCAGCACUACACUCUGGUGGAACGGUCCCACAUAGCUAACAGAAUCACAAGAAUUCUGGCCAAAGUCUCCUGCUCGGAAUAUCAUACCUCCGGAAAGUCGGAAAAUAGAAAAUUUUCAUAUCACUCUAGAAGAGGAUGAUAUUCUCCAAAGGUUUUCAUCAUUUCCGCGAGCACUAAGGGUAGUCGCUUAUAUGCACAAAUUCAUCCAUAAACUUAAACAAAAGAUGAAAAGAAUUUUAAAUGAUCCUUACAUACAACUAACAUAUCCCGACUUGCAACAUGCCAAGGUCUGUCUAAUCUUGUAUACACAAACUCGCUAUUUCAGCAAAGAGAAAUCAAAGUUGCUUGAAAAGCGAACUCUCGAAAAGGGGAGCUCACUUCUCGUGUUAAACCCAUUCCUGGACGCUAAGGGAUUACUACGGGCAAAUGGAAGACUAGCCAACUCCAGCCUUAGUUACAAUGAACGACAUCCCAUCAUUAUCCCAGAGAAAUCCCGUUUUACCUACUUAUUUCUAAUAUAUCUCCACCAGCUUACACUGCAUGGUGAGCAUCGCUUGAUGCAACAAAUGGUCCGACAAGAGUUCUAUAUACCGCGACUAAAGCCACAAAUUGAAAGAACCAUUUUCAUGUGUAAACAGUGUACUAUGUACAAGCAGCAGGUGCGUACGCAGAUCAUGGCAGCCCUACCACCUGAACGCUGCAACUAUGCUUUACCCUUUACCAUUACUGGGGUUGAUUUUGCUGGACCUUUCCAGAUAAAGGCCUCAAUGCUAAGGUCUUCCUCAUUUAGAAAAGGGUAUGUGGCUGUCUUUGUAUGUUUCACAACAAAGGCAGUACACCUCGAGCUAUGUUCGGAUCUGACUACUGCGGCUUUUCUUGCAGCAUUUGCCCGCUUUGUCGGACGACGCGGAUUUCCUUUAAAAAUUAUGAGCGACAAUGGAAAAAACUUUGUCGGAGCUCAAAGAGCCACGGAAAAGGAGUUUUUACAAUUCAUGAAAGAAGUAUCCCCCGAAAUUGUAAGAAAAUUUGCUCCCCAAGGGGUCGAUUGGCAAUUCAUACCCCCAUGUUCUCCUCACAUGGGCGGACUCUGGGAAUCAGCAGUAAAAAGCUUUAAGUCCCAUUUAAAGAAAACGGCUGGUAACCAUAAAUUCAAUUAUGAGGAGUUUACUACAUUAAUCACUCGUAUCGAAGCCGUACUAAAUUCCAGACCUAUCUCACCACUUUCGCAAGAUCCCUCCGACUUCACAGCUUUAACCCCAGGGCAUUUUCUAAAAGGAGCACCCAUUCUGGCCAUACCUGAGCCAGGCGUAGAGCCGCUAUCCAUAUUAAACAGAUGGGAACGAAUUAAAAUUCUCCAGCAUGACUUCAGCCGCCGAUGGAAGGAAGACUACAUAAAGGACCUUCACAAGAGAUACCGGUGGAAAACUCAAGAAAAGGCACCAAAGCUUGGAGACUGCGUCCUUAUACAAGAUGAUUGUCUCCCUCCUACGGAAUGGCGACUCGGCCGCAUAAAACAACUUCAUUACGGUUCCGACGGUCAUGUUCGAGUAGUUGAUCUCCGCACUCAAACCGGAACACUAACCAGACCGCUCGUCAAAUUAUGCUUUCUACCAACCGCCAAAGAUAAAGAAACGUAAAACCGAACCAAAUCGAAACCUCGAAUAACAUAAAUGACACAAAAGACUUAACAUAAAUGUCUGAUAAAAAAAUGACAUCCUAUACAUGCCACAUAUCGUUGCACAAAAGUCCAUAUUAUUGUAAAUUUCACAAUAUAUUGCUAAUAUCAUCAUUUCUCUCACAGAGUAAUAUGGACGUGGAUAUGGCAUCAUCGUCAACGCCAACCAUGCGUUCGGCAGUUUCCGCCCCUCGCUCUGAAGCUGCCCCAAUAGCAGCACCCCGGACCAACACUGCACCGGCAGCGCCUCGAACAACAACAGGCUCCACCGCGACCACGGCUCCGCGUCAAAGCACGCCAGCAUUACCAGCGGAUCUGCAACGAAUUCGUUGUCGACUAUGCCGCCGCCCGCAUCGACUAUCGCACUGAGGUAUCUUCAAAGGCAUGCCGCCGAUGCAACGCCAGCAGGUGGCACAGGCGCACGGGUAUUGCCUGAAUUGUCUGGCAACUUCCCACGCAACUCAGGAGUGUCCAUCACCUAACCUAGCAGACGCGACUCCGGGCGCCCACCGGCUCCUCGCGCCAGUGGUAACGUCAGGUGUUCUCAAAGGACUCCUGUGACGGCAUACCGCCGGCGCGGACGCCCUCCAGCAGAAUUCCGUCCCUGGCGCCAAAACCGGGCAACAUCAACACGACGCCAUCAGCAUAGGCCGCAAUCCCGCCGGUCAACAGGUCUCAGCAGCGUUGUAGCUACGCUACAGCAGCUACAGCGGCUUCUAGGCUAAAUACUCGCCUAGGGGGGCCGGGAUGGCUAAAUGAGUAG